AUGAAGAUAGCAAUAAUUGGCGCUGGCAUCAGCGGGUGCGCAGUCUAUCUCGCGUUAAAGAAGAGACUUCCGCCCGGAGAAGACCACGAAUUCACCAUCUACGAGGCAUACGACACUUCAGCAUCAUCUUCACAAAACUACGCUGAUGGAGAAGUGCAUUCCUCAAGUUUCGUUGUGGGCGCUGGGCUGGCAAUUGGACCAAACGGUUUGAGUUGCGUCCGACGGCUGGAUGAAGAUAUAUACCAUACCAUUGCUGAGAUGGGAUACCCAUAUGCAUACCAACAAAUGAAAACUUCUCAUGGAUGGAAUCUCGUGAAAAUGGCGGCCUCUGGCUCGGAACCGAAGAUUAACUCCGCCUCGUUGAGCCGGCAUGCACUGUGGCGAUGCUUCCGAGACCGUGUCCCGGACGAUAUUGUCGUCAACAAGCGAGUGGCGUCCGUCGUUGCAAGGUUGGAAGGGCGGAAUAUUAUCAAGUUUGUUGAUGGUAGCCCAGAUGCCGAGGCGGAUCUAAUUAUCGGUGCUGAUGGGCUCAAGAGCGUUACCAAGUCCGCUCUGUUUCCGGAGGACAGAGAGGACCAAUACCCACCGCAUUAUGAGGGAGUCGUUGGAGUAGGCGGGUUCUUCCCGGCCGACCAGCUCCACGACCACAUGGAGCCAGGAACCAUGAACCUGGUGUUCGGUGGAAACGGCUUCUUCGGCUACUGCUAUACCAGCAGUGACAAGGACGAACCAAAUCGCCAUGUCCCACAAGGAAUACUCAAACCAGGCAACUCCGUGAUGUGGUGGUCUACGUACGAAGCCAAAGAAUGUCCCGACACGAAAUCCAUAGACAAGGCCGUAGUCCUCCAAGACGUAAAGGCCCGACAUGCCUCAUGGAAAAGUCCAGUGGUACAGAAAAUCCUUGCCUCAGCUGAUAUACAGAAUAUGUAUCCUGUCUGGACAGUGCCGGAACUGCCUACUUGGGAAAGACACGGUGUGGUGCUGAUUGGUGAUGCCGCGCAUGCUCUUCCACCUACUUCAGGCCAAGGCGUGUCUCAGGCAAUGGAAGAUGUAGAGUCUUUCUCCAUGUUACUGGCUCAUAGCCUGGGCAAGGAAGGACAGCAACCAUCAGAGGAGAGUGCGCUUCAGACUCGAAAGGCGAGUAUAUCAUGGGCAGCGAAGAAGUUCAUGGAUAUACGCAUGCCUCGAAUCAAGGCGAUUAUCGAUCAGGCGAGGAAAUACCAGAACCAGAAGCGGGAUCUUUCCGCCUUCCAGGAAUGGUUUAUGUAUUUCAUAAUGUACCUUAUGAGUUUCUUCCCAGCACCACCGUGGAUAAAGGAGGUGUUCUCAUAUGAUAUUGAGGGUGAAACCCGAAAGGUCAUUGAGAAUUCUUAG